CGAAAAGUCCGGUCGCGUGAAGGUCGUCCAGGAAAAACUGGGCGAAAAGCUAUCGGGGAAAUGUGAAAAUUAUACGCGCAAGGCGUGAUUCGUCACGCACAUCCUUUGCCAACUCCAACAACACACCUAGCCCGAGAAUUUCCUUUCAGAAAAUUAGAAAAUAUUGUAGAAUAAGGAACAUAAUAUAACGCUGGUCAAUUAAUCAAUCGCCGUAGAGCUAUUUCGAUUCGGUCCGAUUUUUUCGUAUUGUGCCUUUGCAGCUUUUUUGGCAUAGACAAUAGAGAAAAUAGGUAAUAGAAGAAGAAUUUUCACGUGAAAGUGCCCUAAUAGAUGGUACGCCGUCCACAGUUUCCUUAAAGAAAAGAGCAAGAAAUAAGCAAGCAGCGCAGUCGUCAGGGUCAGACCUUUUCCGCCCUUUUGGACAAGAAGAUUCCCUUUUCGGCCUUUUUGUGUCGGUUCUUGUGGCAGACCGUCAAGCUGAAGCUCGAUCCCGACUACGAUCUCCUCCUUCUCCACUACGACGCCGUCGUUAUGGAGAGCGACGCCAGCGGCGACGACGACGCCGGCUGGAAUUGCAGCGUCCAUCCCAGCGUUUUCUUCCUCUUAGGCACCCUGAUAUUGACGACUUGCGCCACAGGGAUGUUGUGUGCCGCCAUAAUGACGGAUCACUGGGAAGAAGUGACGUGGAACGGUGCCAGCUUGGACAAUAUGGCGAACAACACGGUUCGGCUGCAAUGGCUGCUGGACAAGACCGUGGCUAAAGUGACGACGGCCGAUUCCAAAGAGAGAACGCUCGCUUUUUUGGUUCCGAUGCAUGGUGGGAUUUGGACACUAUGCGUCAGUUUGACAGACGAAGAAAUAAAUCUGCUAGGCCGAGUAGGAUUUCCGUCCUUACGAUCCUGUGUAAAUUAUUUAUCAGGUGGAAUAGACGGCAUCAGGAGCUACGAACCGAAAACUGACUGGCAACAUAGGAUGCAGAAUCUGUCGAUAUCGUGCGCUCUCGUAUGCCUUAUCAUUCUCGGCACGGCCGCCUUAGUGGGAGCUUUUGGAGUCUUCCAGCACCAGCUCAGUGCCGUUUUGGUUACUGGGGUCAUGUAUUUGUUGGCAGCCUCUUUCGCCCUCUUCUCUCUCACCAUCAUCCACUUCAAGCGUCUGCACGGCCGCCCCCAUUCCGAAGACGCCGCCCUCGGCACCGUCGACGGCGUCGUCGGACCGGCGGGCGGUGCGCACGCGCAGGGCGUCCGCGCGCUGUUGCCGGCUCGCCGCUUCACCACCUCGUGGUCGCUGGAUCUCGGCUGGGGCGGUGUCAUGUUGUGCGUGAUGACGUCGGUGUUGUGGAUACUGCUGUCCAAGAUUAUGCGGUUCAAUCCGAUCGGCAGUAUGAUACAGUCGUCGUGAGAAAGGGAUGGGAGAGCAUGAGAGAGAGAGAGAAAGAGAGAGAGAGAGGAAGUAGAAGAAUUUAGGAUUUCGAGUUAGGUAUACAACUUGUUAGUCCGAGAUAUACAAGUCUAAGUCCGACAUAUGUACAGUGUGUCCAGUUUUCGAUG